UCUCUCACACUGCUACGACAACACAGAUUAUCCCCAUUUGUCGGUAAUGCAUGAAGGAGACGAGCAUAACAUAAAAUUGCUUUUUCAAGUACUUGCCCCUCGUUAGUCAUUCGCAUUCCACCAGGAUAGUCAUGGUUUGCGCGCGCUAAAGACGAACAUAUCUGAAGCAUUGGUGAUCUGCGCUUGUUCACGCAGCUCAUAUAUUGACAAUACUGCAACGGAAGAUUCUCCAGUGGCGAUAGGUACUAGAGGUAGACCGGCCACUUACCUUUUUUCUUGUCUACUCUGUGUUUAUCUCUCUGGCAGCCGGCACAAACACUCGAUAAAAGAUUUCUCUUAUCAACAUUGGUGACGCCGUCUUGUGUGAGGACACAAUUAAAACAAUCAACGAAGGUGCUAAUAUAAUUGCCUUUUGAACGCGCUUAUACGAGUAGUGUUUUGAGUGUAGAAGUAAUUAGCAGUUGAAAUGAACAGGUUUUGUGGUCUCGUGUUGAUGUGUUUAGUUCUUACUUACUUAGUCGCUGAUAUUGGUGCUCAGAAUGAGAGACAUUAUCGCUUGCCGAAUAACACUAGUCCUAUCGAAUACGAUCUAACACUCACGGUAGAUUUGAAACGGUCGAUAUUCUUCGGUACGGUCAAUAUUUCGUUGGUGGCACUUUCAGCAACUAAAUUUGUUGCAUUGAAUGUACAAGAAUUAGAUAUUUCAAAAACCACAUUAACCGAUCCGAAUGGGCAAAACAUUACGAUAGACAAAUCGGUGAUGCAGAAUGAUUCCGAGAUAGUGAGGUUCGAACUGAGCUCUUAUCUUGAAAUUGGGCACUAUUAUCAGAUGGUGAUCGAGUUCGCCGGGAACAUCACAGGUGAUCUAAAAGGACUAUACAAGAGUUCGUACUAUCGUGAAACAGAGGAAAGAUUUGUAGCUACCACGUUCAAUGCAGCAGCUUACGCUAGGAAAAUUUUUCCUUGCUACGAUGAGCCUCAUCUGAAGGCAACAUUUAAACUUCGAAUCUAUCAUGCGUCCGAAUUCCAAGCUUUAUCGAAUAUGCUAAUAGAGACCAUUGAGCCUGCCAAUUCUGAUAACAUGAGUUUGACGACAUUUGUGACAUCACCUCUGAUGUCAAGCUAUUUAUUUGCAUUCGUCGUAUCGGAUUUUAGUGCUCUUCGGAUAGACCAAACCUUCGCAGUCCAUGCGCAGUCUAGUGUUCUUAAUUCCACGCGAUAUGCAUUGGAUUUUACUAAAGAUGCGAUAUCACAGCUUGCCGGCUACUUCAAGCGGCCGUACCAGCUAUCCAAGCUUGACAUAGUGGCUGUCGACGAUUUUCUGAUGGGUGCUAUGGAAAACUGGGGACUUAUCACUUACAAAACAUCCAGAAUCGUGUACCGGAGCGAACAGGACAAGACGGAAAAACUGCAAUCCGUCACGAAGAUCGUAUUUCACGAACUGAUCCAUCAGUGGUUUGGUAAUGAGGUGACGUGUGCGUGGUGGUCGUAUGUUUGGUUGAACGAGGGUUUCACUGUGUUUCUGGAGACCUACAUCCUACACCAAAUGUAUCCCGACUGGAGACUGAUGGAUCAGUUCCUAGUGAACGAAAUGCAUCCUGUAAUGGCACGAGACGUAUUACCUGCGACCCGAGCCAUGACUAAAUCUGUGAAUUCACCCGAUCAGAUCGCGGGAAUAUAUGAUUUCGUUGUCUACCCGAAAGCAGCUUCCGUAAUUCGAAUGUUCCAUGCGGUAGUUGGAUCUGCAGUUUUCGACGAAUUUGUGGUUCAAUACUUAGAUGAUCGUAGUUACAAAGCUGCAACAGAAGACGAUAUGAUCCGUAUACUUCAGAGUGUUGUGACUGAGCACCGUUUACAAUUACCCCCGAUGAACGAAUUUGUGAAAAGUUGGACAAAUAAUCCUUCGUACCCAUUGGUUACAGUAAUCAGAGAUCAAACAAACUCUGCUCUAGUUAGUGCUAUCCCUGUGAACACAUUUUGUAUACCAAUACCAUGGAUUUCGAAGCACGGUAAACAUGGGUAUGAAUGGCUCCAAACUUCGGAUAGUAACAAAAGUAUUGUUUUGAGCGGAACCACUUCCAGCGAAUGGAUUUUAUUUAAUCCAAAUCAAAACGGCUACUAUCGAGUAAAUUACGAUCGAACAAAUUGGAACAUGUUGGUCGAUGCUUUAAGCGAUAAUCACGAGAGUAUUCCCGUUCUAAAUCGUGCACAAUUGAUCGACGAUGCUUUGUACUUUGCUAGGAAUAAUCUCUUAGAUAUCGAGAUCCUUUUAGGUCUUCUCAGUUAUCUUCCUAGCGAAACAGAUUUAAUUCCACUAAAGGCAGGAUUCAAAGCGUUCAAGCAUUUGAAUCGUGUGUUUCGCGGGAACGACUUAUACGAAUCGUAUUUAGUCUUUCAAACUAAACUGCUUGGACAGGUGUAUGAUAGACUGCUGAUGAACGAUAAGAACGAUCACAUAUCAAAGUUGUACCGAGCAGAAGUCAGAAAAGUUGCCUGUGAAAUGGGUGUGCCGAAGUGUCUGCAAGAUGCUGUUACAAUGUUUGAUGGUUUUGAGCUGAUAGAACCGGACCUUCGCGCGGCUGUAAUUUGUGGUUCUAUGAAAGGAAGCGAGAGUUACAAUAUUUGGGCUAUGGUAGUUAGAAGAAUGGUUUACAUCGUCAGGAACUUUGGACAGAAACGUAUAAAUGUGGAAGAGUUUGAAGAUAUUCUUUACGGUUUUGGGUGUGCGGUUAGUAGAGAAAGGUUGGACAACUUCAUGCUACUUUCUCUGUCUAACACCGAGACUCUUGAACAGCAAGAUCGGAUUAAGAUGUUUAACUACAUAGCUUGUAGUGGAGUAAACGGCACGGAUGAAGCCCUAAAUAGAUUGAUCAACGAUUUCAACACACUUAAGAGAAGAUAUGGAUCUUUAACGGAAGUCGUCAGUAAUUUGCGAUAUUCGAUUAGCACUCAAAAGCAGCUACAAUUGUUCUCCACUUUCAUGCAUAACCAUACCGAUUCAGAUUUAUUUAAUUUGCAGAAUAAGGUUUACGAGGUAGCCAGAUCUAAUAUUCGUUGGGCUGCGGAAAAAUUACCUUCAAUAUCUAAAUGGAUAGCAAAUUCUAACUCUGCUGGCAAGGCUUCCAUCACUAAAACGUUUAUGACAAUAUUGUUAGCGAUAGGAUCUUAUAUGUUAUGUAAAUAAAUAUUUUA